CACUUUGAUCUCGAUGAAUUAGGUAGCCGGAAGCGUUUAUAUAAAAUAAAAAGUGCCAUACCGUAACCUAAACUAAAUGAGUUUUGAGUUAAUUUUAUAAUAUGUUUGGUAAUUUUCGGCUAGAAAAUUACAAAAUAUGGAAAUUUAUUUUUGCAGUGAAAUUUUUUAAAGCUUAAUUGCUCUGAUUAUUAUGAAUAUAUAAUCUCUAGUCUAGUUAAUUUAACAUUAAUGCUAAAUGCAUAAAUGUUUCAGUUUGAAAUAAAACUAGAUAGUGUAAUUGAUUCGUGAUUAUUUCGUUUAUUUACAACAAAAUAAUGUAGCGAAUAUUUAAAAAAAAGCAAUUAAAUAUCACUGAUUCUUAUCAUCUAGAAAACCUUUUUCUAGGAUCUGAAUAAAAAUUUUCUGUUUUGAUGACAAUGAUUUAAGAUCAUUAAAAUCGGAUGUCCUCAUGGCAAAAAUGAUCCAAGCAUUAUGGAAAAAGGCUGUCAUUUUCUUAGUUGUGAUUAUUGCCAUACUUCAGGUUAUACAUAUGACAUUGUUGAGCAGGCUGGAAGCUAGAAAGAAUCGACGUCAUCAAAGAGAAACCCAUGGCUGGGAAACCAAUGUUGUCUACCAGGAGAGCGAAAUCCAGAAAGAUAGAGCUAGUAUGAUGCGGUCAGUUCGCCAGAGUAGUGUUCUGGAUUCAUCAGGAGAGUUUCACAUAAUUAAUUAUCUCAUCGAGGGUGUUGUCCACCCUUCUGGUAACAAUAGGCUCACUCUUGCAACUCAAACGACCAUCAAUGGAUUGCACCACCUUCAUAUGCUAGCAUCCACCUGGCAAGGACCCAUAUCAGUGGCAGUCUUCAGCCUGACAGAAGAUGUACUCCUAGCUGUAGAGACGAUUCUUCACUUGAGGCGAUGUCAUCCUUCUGUUCGUUUUAACACUAGUUUCCAUUUAGUCUAUCCCCUAAAUGGCCCCACAAAUAAUGCUCUCCCCUCCUCUUAUCCUGAAGUAAAUUCUUGUGACUUCUUAUCAAAUAAUCUCCAGAAAAUUAACAUUGGUAAGAAUUAUGCGCUGGGGGUAGCAUAUCCUAACAACCUGCUUCGAAAUGUUGCCAGGAGAAGUGCCCUUACAGAUUUUGUGUUCAUGAUUGACAUUGAUAUGGUGCCAAGUGAAAACCUGUAUGGGGACUUCUUGCAGUUUGCAAAAGAGAGAAAGCUUUUCUUUGAUUCCAGUAAAGAUGAUAAAACUGUUUAUGUUGUGCCUGCAUUUGAGAUUAAAGAAGAUAAAAAUGUGCCAAAAACAAAAACUGAACUUCUUCAACAAGUCGAGGCGAUGGAGGCGAGGCCUUUUUAUUUUGAACUAUGCUGGAAGUGCCAAAAGCAUACAGACUAUGAAGCUUGGCAAAGAGAGCCUCUCUCUAAGAAGCUAGAUGUUCUUUUUGAGGUCCUGUGGAGAGACCCAUGGGAACCUUUUUAUAUUGCCAGAAACAAUGUUCCUCUCUAUGAUGAAAGAUUUCGUCAGUAUGGCUUUAACAGAAUAAGUCAAGUGUGUGAGCUACAUGUUGCUGGCUACAAAUUCUCUGUUUUAAACAAUGGUUUUGUAGUUCACCGUGGCUUAAAGACACAAAAUUCCUUUCAUAAGGAUAAAGAUGUUGAUCAAGAAAGAAAUAGAGUUUUGUUUCGCCAAUUCAAGACAGAACUUAAAGAAAAAUAUCCAGAUUCCUCUCGUAAAUGUUAUUAGUUUUUGCGAAGUUUAUUGUAUUUAUAAUUAUAGCAGUUGAAUGUUUUAUAGUGCUCACCUGUUCUGCCGUGCAAUGGAGAAAUCAACAUAAGGGACAAAAAAUUCAAAAUUGAGACUUUUAUGUACAGUAGGGAACCGAUUAUCCGGAACGAUCGGGACCAUCGCUAUUCCGGAUAACUGAUUUUUGCGGUUUUCUGAAUCGCUACAAAAAGCCGUUUUU